AUGCCGUCAUAUGCUUAUGUCACACUUCUUCUUAACUCCGGUUACUUACCGGGAACGUUGGCGUUGGGUAAAUCGUUGAAAAAUACAGGCUCUGCAGUGCCAAUUGUAUUACUAUACUCUAAGAAUGCGGUCAAACCGGAGAUAGUCCGUUUGCUUCAUGACUCUGGCUUAUUCGAAAGGUUCAUCAACAUUGAUGACGAUCUGAUUGAAACGAGAAAUCGGUACGAAUUGGAUAACUUGCUUCAUCGUUCCGAAUUAGACACAACUCUCACAAAAUUGAACUGCUGGAGAAUGACCGAUUACGAUAAGUUGGUGUAUCUUGACUCUGACACUAUUGUCAUUAGAAACAUUGAUGAUUUGUUUACCACGGAUGUCACCGAAACGCAAAUAUUUGCAGCACCUGAUUGUGGAUGGCCAGAUUGCUUCAAUUCCGGUGUUUUUUUGCUCAAACCAGACUUACACACUUUCGAGGAUAUUUCUAAAUUCGCUGAAAAUGUGGACUCAUUUGAUGGUUCCGACCAGGGUCUUCUGAACGAGUUUUUCCAUUUAUCUGGACCACCACAGUAUUCGUGGGAUCGUAUUCCAUUUACCUAUAAUUGUACUUUAAGCUCGAACUACGAGUAUGCUCCCGCAAUGGUGAGGUUUCACAACGAUAUUCACGUUUUGCACUUUAUUGGCUCUCUAAAGCCAUGGAAUGAUCGGUUUAUUUCCGGCAAACAAAGCUCGUUUGCACUAGAUUUCUUUUCCAAUGGAGAUAAAAAUACCAUCCACGAUUUAUGGUGGAAUGUGUUUGACUCUUUGCAAAUUGCUGACAACAAGCCAAGAGAUUUACUUGUGAUGUCAGGAAACUUGCAACCAGAUAGACUCGAAAUUAUCCACAGACCUAUAAUAAUGGAUAUUGUGGAAGAGGAACCACAGGCUGUUGUUGAUGAAGAUGAGGGGCCAGCUUCUAUUGACCAAGUUCUUGAUUCUACUGAGGUUAAGUUUCCAAUGUUUUAUUACAAGAAGUCAGUUCAUCACGAGCCACUGGUCGAUCAAUCUUCUAAAGGUGAAGCUUGGAGGAUGAAGGAACCAAGAUUCCACUUUCCGAAGUCGGAAACCGAAAUUGAAGCUCCUCGAGAAGAAAUGCCAGAUUUAGCACCUGCAGAAAACAAAGAAGAACCUCCAAAAGAAAAGGAGCACGAGAGAAAGGGCAGCUACGUUGAUGAGUAUGUCAAAGAGAAUCCAAUCUUUCCAUGGGAAAAGAACCAGACAGAGCCAAAAGUUUCAAGGGUGUUUUACAAUUCCCCAGAGUAUAAUCCUCUUACAUACAGUAUUUCAUUUUAUGGGGAUCACAAGGUGGUGAAGUCACCUGCAGCUGCAGAUACCGAGGAUGAAGACGAUGGUAAAAUACCAACUGGAAAGUCGAAUAAUGGAGAACACAAGACGACGAAACGUUUGAUAGGAUUUGAUGACGGUGACGCGUUGGAACAUUACAUAGAGGAGGUUGAAAAGCUUCCAGAAUAUGAAGACGAGAGUUCGGACACAUUGAAUGAGACUUUGGAAGAAGCAGAGAAAGAUGUUGUAAAACAUGAAGAUUCCGGGAAGGGAAAUACCGAGAAGGAAGACAUUAAAAAGGAAAUUGAUGGAAAGGAGGAGGACGACGAUCAGACCUUAGCAAAUAGUGAUAAGUAUGAAAACAAUGUGGCUGCAGAUCCCUCUUUGGCUAAGGUGGAAAACGACAUAGAGGAUGAAGAUCGUCUCACAAAACUAAAGGAAGAUAAUUUGGAGGCGGGAAAAUUGGCGGAUAGUGUGGAGCUUAACGAGGAGGAAACAACAGUAAAUGAAGUGGUUGAUACUUUGGCCUCUAACAUUGGCAAAACCCUCUCUUUGAAAUAA